AUGUCCCUACAAUCAGCAGCAGGUAGCCAGCUACCAUUCCACCAAACGACCGCAAUCCGACUCCUAGCCGACUCCCUGUAUGAGUCGACGCGCGACUCAACGGGCCUAACGAACCAGGCCCAAAAUGAGCUUGGUCUGCUUCUGGCCGUGCUAAGCACGACCGAGACGUACACUUCAUCUCUAGGCGCAGAGUGCGUCCACUUUGCAGUUCUGAAAAAAAGAUUGCAUAGUUGCCAUGCUGUUCUGCUGGAAUUGCAGAAGCUCCUGCUGCAUCCAGAUGCGCUCGGGGCUCAGAGUCUGGUGUCUGAUAUACGCGCGCGUCUCUCAUCAAUUAUUUUUGGAAUUACUGAGGUGAAUUUGAAUAUGAUGAUAUCAUCGCAGAAGAUUAUUGAGCGUGCGCUAAGAUGUUUUGUCGAUGACGUUCGCACUGGCAGAAGGGGGGCUUUAGUUGUUUCUGAUGUUUCAAAUGAUUUUUCGAAGCUUAAGGAAGAUGGUGUAUGGCUUCGCCUGCAGGCAGAGUUGGUCGCUACUGGCAUUGCUUCAGAUCUAUUGAAACUGAACCGGGACUUCGUUAUAUCGACUCUUCAAAAGAUAGCAGAUGGCCUUCUAUCUACUAAUAAGGAGAACACGACUCCAGUAGAAGUUUCCGAGUUUACGGUACCAGAACCAGCCCUGGAAUCAAAACGCCAGAGAAGCCUAGACGACAAAGACUGGCUAGCAGACGAACCACCCGGUCUUCCAUUCCUCCCGCUCCCGCCAAAAGGUUUCUCAUUUUCAGACAAGUACAGCUCAUAUCCAAGCCAAGAGCAGCCCUAUCCAGAAAAAGAGACAAUACGAGAAGAAAACUUGCCAAUACCAGUGAUAUUGGACAUGCAAGAUUGCACAGAUACACAAAAGCAGGCAAUACCAGUCGAAGACUUGCCCAUCCCAGUUCCCGCAGAGAACCACCUACAGGAAAACAAUGGCAUGGACCUCCCAAUACCAGUGACAGUACCUAUCUCGCCCAAGCCGCAAAAACCCUCACUAGACCUGCAUGCCUUCAAAGUAUCAGCAAACUCAAAAAAGCCCCGCCGCAUGAGCCGCAUUCUCUGGGAAAUAACCGGCUCCAAAGAACCCUUCAUAGCCGCCAUCAAGACCAACCAACACCAAACUGUUAAAACCCUCCUCUCCAAAGGCGCCGACGCCAACGCCCAAAAGACCGACGGUACAACAGCCCUAAUGGCAGCCGUCUCCUUCGGCCACGAAGCCACAACCCGGCUACUGAUAGAAUACGGCGCAGCCCUAAAUACCCGGGCCGGAACAGGCGAGACAGCCCUCAACGUCGCUGCAACACGCGGCUUCGACCGCAUCGUACGGACACUGAUUGCCUCGGGUGCGAAUAUCAAUUCGGGGAAGGGGACGGGCAAGACGGCGCUCUCGCAAGCUGCCGCGUACGGACAGGACCGGAUUGUAGAGCUUUUGCUGGACUGCGGGGCGGAUAUUGAUGCUGUUAAUAGUACAGGGGAUACGGCGUUGGCGUUGGCGGCGUUGAAUGGGAAUAUGAGGGUUGCGAGAUUGUUGCUUGAUCGUAGGGCGAAGGUUGAUCUUAUGCGUUAUCCUUGGCAGACGCCGUUGUAUAAGGCUGUUCAGUCGGAUGUGGUGGGGAUGGUUAGGCUUUUGAUGGAGCGGAGGGCGGAUCCGUUUGUUAAGGGGGGGAUUCGAAGGACGGAGACAGUUAUGGCUUUUGCGGGGAGAAUGCAGAGGAGGGAGAUUUUGGAGGUUUUUGCGCAGUAUGGGUUUUAUCCUGGGGGAGGGGGACUGGUGAGGUAUCAGUAUUUCUAA